AUUCUCCAUCCUCUUACAAACAGACACCCUUCGACAGACUUGGGUCAACCUUUACUUUCUCUCCCUGACACAAACGGGCUGGGGGAAGGGACGCGGGGAGAGUGAAGACUCCACGUCAGACGGUCUGUGGGCAGGGACUGGAGGUUGAGUUUGUGUGUGAGUCAGAAAGAGCGAGCUUCUUUCCUUGUUCAAUGGUCACAGAGAGAGCGUGGGGGAGGGAGAAAAGCGAAGAAAAGAGAUUGAAAGGGGGCUAAAACAACACAGAAAAAACAGUCACCACACAAACCCUAAGGAAUUAACAGUAGGAGCGUGCGCAUCGUGAAUGUGGAGGGCUCGCAUGCAUGCAUUACUGGAGUUCUGUGAACGCGAAACAUUGUGACAGGGAGCUGGUGUGUGGAUAGCCUGUCCGGUUGGCCAGUGAGAAGAAUUAUAUAACCGGUCGCUCAAGUGGACCAUCCGGGAGUUCCCAACCCUCCUUGCAGUCUGACAAUUCAUUUGGAAAGCCUUUGAAACACUUCUAAAAGGAUAACGUGAUUUGUCUUGGUUAUCCCCCACAUGGAAAUCAACGAGGUGUGUUCAGGAGUGAUGUAAGAAGGCGUUGGGCGUACCUCUGUUGACGUGCUUCAGUAAAAUGUAGUAUCAUGUACCGGUGUGAACCUUAACACAGAAGUACACGCUCCACUGCUCAGGAAAGCCAGCAGAGAGAGAGAGAGGGAGCAAGGGAAAGGACAAGAAGCUGAAGAAGCUGAAGUAGCUGAAGGAGUUAGUCGGUGACCAGAGCAUUGAGGGAUUCAUCGGGCAAGUCUGUAAGUAAGUGAAUUCGGUUUACAGUUUGCUUCCCUCUGAAGUGAAAAAGGAAGAACAAACCUAUUUUUAAAAGUGGAUUUAAAACAAAACAAAAAAAAAAACUGCUUCUGCUCUGGACCUGUGGAACUGUCACCAGCCUGGAAUAGCACCAUGUGUCAUGUGAUUGUAACUUGCCGUUCAAUGCUGUGGACCCUGAUGAGCAUCGUGGUGGCCUUUGCUGAACUGAUUGCCUUCAUGAGCGCAGACUGGCUAAUCGGGCGAGCCAAGCCCCUUGUGAAUGACGUCAAGACCAGCGCUGAGCCCUACCGGCCCACCUUGGGCAUCUACGGGCGCUGCAUCAAAGUAGCCAACCUGAGGCGCGUAACCCUCUGCGGCCCAUACGCCGAGAACUUCGGGGAGAUUGCCAGCGGGUUCUGGCAAGCCACUUCCAUUUUCUUGGCAGCCGGACUCUUACUGCUCUGCACUGUGGCUUUUAUUUCUAUCUUUACAAUGUGCUUUCAGAGCAUCAUGAAGAAAAGUAUUUUUAAUGUCUGUGGAUUACUACAGGGAAUUGCAGGUCUUUUCUUGAUCCUGGGCCUGAUGUUGUACCCGGCUGGCUGGGGCUCUCAGAAGGUGCAGGAUUACUGCGGCCAUGAUGCGUCUCCAUACAAGGUGGGGGAGUGCUCGCUGGGCUGGGCCUUCUACACAGCCAUCGGGGGCACCGUGCUCACCUUCAUCUGUGCCGUGCUCUCUGCACAGGCUGAGAUCGCCACGUCCAGUGACAGGGUGCAGGAGGAGAUCGAGGAGGGAAAGAGCCUCAUCUGCCUGCUGUGAGUGCCAGGGAGUCCUCCUCUUCCUCCAUGCCUGGGAAUCUGGGAUCUUUCCCAAGGAGCCCUCCUCCUCCUCCUCCUCCUCCUCCUCCUCUUCCUCACCUGGGAAUACAGGAUCUUUCCCAAGGAGCACCCCUCCUCCUCCUCCUCCUCGCUUAGGAAUACAGGAUCUUUCCCAAGCACUGCUCCUCCUCCAUCCAUUCUCCUUCUCCAUGCCUGGGAUUACAGGAUCUUUCACAAGGAGCACUCCUCCUCCUCACCUGGGAAUACAGACUCUUUCCAUCAUCUCUGCUCAGUGUAGAAAGGGAGCACAACAUUGUUUACCACUAAGACUGACAGCCUGUGGUCCUUAGGCUGCCAUGGUCUUGUUGUUUUUGACUUUUCUAAUCGUCGUUGUAUGCAGCAUCAGGAAAAAAGGCUCGCCCUGUGGCAAUCCGUUUAAUUGUUUGUUUUUUUGUGUCUGAACACAAACGGGUGUGUCAGUAUGGUGCCAACAUAAGCUACAACGACACAACAUGAUUUGUAUAUACCUUGUAAAUAAUGUACAGAAUGUGUUGCAUAACAGACUGAUUGAAUUUGUUGAAUUUUAAUCUAAAAAACCAGCAGUUUUGUACUCAAACCACUAUGUUCUAUAAAAACAAAACUUUGGUAACAACUUCAGUGACCAGCAUUGUGCUCAAAAAUACUUUUUCACAGUUUUUUUUUAUUCUUUUCCAUUAUGAUGCACGAUACUACCAACUGAGAUCAGUCAAUAUAUCGGGGCAGCUAGUGUGGUUGGCUGUCGGGUUACCAGUACAAGGUGCUGUGCUGGAGCAAAAGCACAUGACUGAAAUGUAUUCGUUAUCCCUCUACAGCCCUCCCUUGGCCUGAAAUCCACUCCUUGGGAUCCGAAUAUAAAAGAUGCUCUGUACAGGUUCCAAACCAUUCUGUGAAGCGUGGUUCUUCAGAGAGGACCACGCGUCCAGAGCAUAAAGGACAAUACCAGAUAGCGGUGCCAACAGCUCCUUCCAGUACCCUCUGUCUUCAAAUUCUUGCAGGAUCGAAUAUCUUUUCCCCACAUGCCAGAGCUUCCAAACUUAAAAACAAAAACUAAAACUAUAUUUCAGCCCCCUCCCCACCCUCUGGGACGCCUUGGUGCCGGCUGCUGUCUCCCCCCACACCAGCCAGGGAACCUGGCCAAGGCUGCCUUCUCUUACACAGGGAUGUAGUUUCCAUCAUUAACUACAGGCUGGGAUUGUAGUUUCCUGGGCAGUCUGCAGCUUGGGGCAGCUAAUGCCAGAAACAAUAGUGUUCUCAAUAGUGCUCUCCCAGCGCAAACGCCUGGGGCUGGCUCAAGCAGUCAUUGUUCUGAGUCCUUCAAGCAAGGGUGUGCUGUUAUCAAUGACUGAAUAAGUAGACAUUUUCUGUUUAUUUCAAAUAAUAAGUGCACCGAUGGAUGAGUUUAAGCUGAAGUGGUGUAUAUCUGAGAAAAAAAAAAAGAAAUCUAAAAGGUACUGUAACAAUGUCUGUUAUGGAAAUCCUGACUAUAAUCUAGAGUAGCAUUGCAGUCUUUUAUUCCAGUGUAGUUUUUACUCCCUUGGUUUUCAUUCUGUGAGAAAGCAAUUGCUUUCUGGGUCUGUGUUGUGUAGAGAUACAAGCAGGUUUCUACACUCGUAAUCAACAGAUGUGUUCACCUCACACCCAUUUUUACACCAGCUGGUAAACUGCAGAAACCUCCCUCCUCAUAAUUCACUGAAGUGCGAUGGCAACGUGUGACUCCAACACUGGCAGGUCAGUGCUGUACCGAACGUUAAUGGACCUGGCUGUAUCAUCUGUGAUGGAUCCAGUUCAAUACACUUUUUAUUAUUUCCAGAAAGAUGGCUCAGUUCUAAGUGGGUUACUUUUUCUUUUUCUUGUUAACAAGUUUGAGUUAUAAUAAUAAUAAAAAAGAUGCCCCCGCCUUCAGAGGAAAUUAAGAUAUGAGCGUCCAAUCAUCAACCAGCUAUUCAGCCUCGAUUACUGGCUUUCAGCCAACAAUCGGACACGCUUCAUUUACAAGGUCUCCGAAGUGCCUUGACAUCAGGAUAGUGAAAACUGAAAGCAGGACGGCUCACACGAACAUUAUAACCAUCUAAACAAAGGCCUACUGUGUACCCCCCCCCCCCCCCCCCCCCAAAAAGGAAACUGGAAGGUGCAACUUUUUGGUUUAGAGUGAAGUUUACAAUGUAAAGAAUGAAAGGGUGAGCACCUUGCCGAGUGAUCCUGCUGAUGUAAGCAGUCUUGUGAAGUGUUCUGCCGGGAAUGCCAGUGAAACGGGUUGAGAGCCAAAGGCAGCUGCAGUAGUAUCGUGUCUCAGCAAUGUCAGAUUUAUGAAAUUGACCCUGCAAACUCAUUUCAAUCUCUAGGGGAGGAAGAACAAUAUGUUCAGUAAAAUAUUUCAUUUCCGCUUUUUAACUAAAAAAAAAAAACAAUGGAACUUUUAUGUUGAUUUCUUCAGACUGGAAUGUCCCUACCUUCUAAUUAAAAAAGAAAACUGGUGUGCUUCUCAAACGGGACACAGUCAUUCUUUAGGUUGCUUUACCUGCACAUGUGCGUCCAUUUCAAUAAUGUCAUUGGCAAAAUAUAAAAUAACUUCAUUUCACUUUGGCAGAACAGUGAAAUCUAAUGUUGGUAUGUUUACAGAAGUCAAAAUAUAUAUGAAGCAGGUCCCUUCUGCUAACCAACAGCUUUUAUGAAUCCUUCAUUUUCAAAUUGUGGGGAAAAUGACACGUGUUCUUGUAUAUUGACUGCAUGGAUUGAUUGUUUUGUUUGUCUGAUUGUAAGCAGGCUGCUGUUGAGCCUGUAUACCAAUGUCAAAUACAUGUUGUAGGGUUAUUUCCCCCCAGCUUUUCCAAUGUGUUCAAUGUCUGUGGUGUGUGUGUGUGUGUGUGUUUUUUAAUGUAUGUAUUGCAAGGUGCCAUAGUCUUUCCUGUAAAUGUAACCUAUUUAAAUAUAUAUGUGUAUACGCCUAAGUAUGUGAGAUAUGUGCAAUAUCAAAACAUGGUGCAUCUAGGCAAAACAAGUGUGAAAAUAGGCUUGUGUCCUUGUACUCCUUCCACUACCCUAGCAUGCCUUAAGAGUUUUAAAAUCACUACCUAUUUAGAACCAAACAGGUGAGUACCCAACAUUUACUGCAGCUGGAAUCCAAUGUUUGUCCUGCAGUGUGAUCUUCACUCCAGCGAACGGAACAGAUACAUACAGUCCACCACAGCAUGCACUGAAGAGAUCUGUGUCUGCUGAUGUCAGAGGCUAAUGCCUUAGUUUAACCCUUUAAUGACAACUUUUGACUUCACCAGACAUCCGCCAAAAGCCAAUAAUUACCCUGGCAAUGUGGUUUCUUUCUGGGAGAAUUCCCUUCUGCGGGAGCUCUGUGAUAAAUGUGGUGUUUGGAUGGAUGCCCUGGUAAGAAAGAUGCUGGCAGUGCUGUCUCUUAUCACCCCUCAUUCAGCUCUGCAUAUACAAGCAUGGUGUGCGUGUGAUUGCAGCAAUGGGGCUACCUACUGUAUUACAGCAGGAGUCCUAUGCUUUCUGAAGUCUCCCUCUUUGUCCAUAACCAGGUCAUUCUGCAUGACAGCUGUAGUGCUAUCUCUUCACACUUCCUUUUCCUGUUCCCAGCUCUCCCAUUCCAUUCCAUGUGCCUUUUAUAGAGAUUAUUAUUCAGCCAGUGAUGUCUUAAAAAAAAUACAAAAAAAACCCACCCCUUUUUCAAACCCACAUGCUCAGAACUGUAUCAAAAAUGAAAAGGGCAAGAAUAUCAUAAUACUGUGACAGCAAACAGCCUCCUGAGAUUUAAGACACUUGUAGUAAAAGCAUUGCUGAGGGUGAUGUCAACUUGUAAGCAGCAAUGAUUUUGUACGGCAAUAUGUCGUUUCCAUUGUCAGCCUCCCUUUGUUUGUCAAAUCAUUGAAUUACUGCUGUUCCGCUUAUCAGGUGACCGGAGAGCCUUAUUGGGGGAAUGCUGGAGUUGUAUUGUAGAGGAAGACGCCUCUGGGUUUCCUUCCUGUUGACCAUUUGUUUGUAGGCUUCUGUAACAAGGGAAUUCAGCAGCAAUGCACCGAGGCAUGCCGUGCUCUCAUGAUACUGAAAUGAGCGACGCUACUUUGAAAUAAUAAACCUGGUCUUGUUUAAA